AUUACUGGCAGCGCUCAGAUCAAAGUUCACCCUAAGUAAAGACCAACACGAUCAUAACUUCCUCCAUCUGAGGAGGAAGCUCUCGUACAUGAUGGCGCUGGUGAUGCAGCUGGUCUUCUUUCUGUCCGUUUGGGUCUCAGUUACAGUGUGCAAAGAUGUUUUUAAGCUGGUUAACAGUUCUGUUCAACUGGACAUACAAAAAAAAAAUGGAACAGCCGAUAAAGAUAUUGACUGGACAUUUAAAGCAAAAAGUCUCAUUGUGAGAUAUAAUGGAAAUCCUCCAAGUAGAAUAUUUAGAGGUUAUAAAGACAGGGUGGAGUUUAAUGAGGAAACCUACAGUCUGACACUGAAGAACUUACAGAAGAGUGAUAGUGGAAUCUAUGAAGCAGAAGCUGCUGAUGAAAGGAAGGAAGUUGUUGCUAAGUACCAACUACAUGUGUUGGAUCCAGUGGAGAAACCAGUCCUUACUGCUUCUCAUCAGCAAAGCAAUGACAACUGUAAUGUGACUCUCACCUGUGAAGCUCAGAAGCUCUCAGUAACCUCUCACUGCUACAAUGAUAAUUGUGAUAUGAAGGAAAAGGAAACAUCUGGAGACAUGUUUCCUUUUCUCUCACUGUAUGUUAGUAAAAGUUUUAUCAUUUGUAAUCAUAGCAACCCAGUGAGCUGGAAAAAUACAACUCUGGAGAUAAAACAUGUGAAACAACUCUGCCCUAGUGAAGGUGUAAGCAUGCACACAUACUGCCUGGUCUAAAUGUAAAUGUGAGUAAAAUGUAUCUUCUAUAUUAAUGUACUAUUACUAAUUGAUAUCUGUGGUAUGAUUACAUGAUUAGAACUGAACAUAUCUUCUUCUCUAUGCAAUGCUAUUCCUAAAUAACCCUAUUAAAAAUAACUAAUAAAUUAUUAAAUAAAUAAUCCCUAAUAAAAUAAAUGAAAGUAUUUCUUUUCUUAAUGUAGAAACACAUUGAAAACCUGCUGCUUUAUGUCCAGAAAAUAAAAUAUCUAUCAUCUUUUCUUAUUCUUUGACGUGGACCAUUUUAUAUACACAAACAGGCCAUGUUACAGUGUCAUGCCCAAUUUUAAAAGAUGAAAAUCUCUUUCUCGAUGAUGGCAAACUUUUUUUUAACCUUUUACAAAUGAGAAUAUAAUUUUCACAGUCUAACUGACUAAAUAAUGUAAUUGUUGAGGAGAACAUAGACAUUUUUUCUCUGUUCACUAUGUUCUCGUGCCAGACCACUAGAGGGCAGCCCUGCACGACCCUUCUGUUGUGUGAUUAAUUUCAUCAGUUCAUAAUGUUCGCCUAUUUUGUGUUGUUUAAUUAGCUACCUGAUUUAACCUCUUUGCCUCACUAUGUCUUUGUGAACCUUCUGUUGAUGUCAGUAUAUUUUUGUGCCUAUCUUUGACCCAGUUUUUGUGUAUUCCUGACUCUAAUGUUUGUUUUCUGUUUUCUACUUAAUCUAGUAGUUUAUCUUGCACUGUAAAUAAAUCUCUUCUGCACUUGA